UGGAGACUGGGACGCGCCACCCUCACCUGUGCCCCCAGCAGGGCUGCUGGGACGUUUGCCUCCGACUUUGCGAGGGUGGCUGCUCCGCGAUUUCUGGGAGGCCUGGUGGAGCCGCGAACCUUCUUCCCCCCCUCCCCCAUUGAAGCAAUACAGGAGGAGGAUGGCCUUAACCAGAUUUGAUGGAGAGGAGCACGAAGCAAAGGAAAAGGGAAAGCGUUGCCCUGCAAAGAUCAGGGUGGAUCGACUCGGUACUUCUUGCUAUUUAACUCCGAAUCUGAACCGGAGCUGGCAGACAAAUUCGCUCCUGUCUGUGAGGACUACGCAGGGCGGGGGGCAGGAAGGCUGCUUUGCCACAGCUGCGGUUCGGGCAGGAGCAGAAGCUGAAGCUGCCUCCGGCACCUGCGCCUCUUGCUGCCUCGCUCCGGAAGCGAAAUCCCAGGACAGACUGAGUGACGAAUAGGGCUGGCGUUGUGCCCCCCAAGAUGGAUCCCCUACAGAGAUGAACUCUGCCUCUAUCUACCGGGUGCUCCUGCUCUCUCCUGGAAGGAGGCCAGGGUCUUCUGUCAGGGCCAAAAAGCAGAUUUAGUUGUCAUCAAGGAUCACAGCAAGCAAGUAAGAGGAGGUCUUUGCAAUCCUCACUCUACUGGGGAAUGGAAAGAGGAGCGGGAGAAAAACUCUGUGCAGGGGCUUCAGCUGCUCUGAAGCCAGCUCUGCCGCAGAUAAGGCCACAGACAGGAGCUAGAUCAUAAACAGGCUUUCUGAUGUGAAGCCAUAGGGAUCCUGGCGAUGUUCUGGAAAGCCGUAGGAGUGGCAACUGGAGAAAAUGCUGCUAUGGCCUCAGCCUCGCCUUUGAAAUUUGCCUUGGCACAGAUGUUCCUGAGGGACCUUACAGAAGGUGCCAGGGGUCAAGCAUCAUACUUUUGGAUCGGACUGGCGUGGCAAGAGGCUCAGCUCACCUGGGUGGAUGGCACUCCAAUAUCACAGAGUUGGUAUAGCAACUGGCUCCAGGGCCACCCCAGGAAGGACCACUGUGUACAGCUUGUGGGCAUCUACGCUGGACAGUGGAGAGACUGGGACUGUGGCGCCAGCACCCCAUUCAUCUGCGAGAUGCCUGUAAAAGAUGCCUUUUCCAGCACCAUGAGAAAAGUGCGCUUCCGCUCUCACUGCUAUGCCUUCCAUUUCCCAUCCUUCCGGGAACAGAGGUCAUGGCGGGAGGCCCAGUCUUUCUGCCAGGAACUUGGGGGGAACUUAGCAAUUAUCCAUGAUGAAGAGGAGAAUGCUUUUCUCUCAAAUGCCUUUCCUGAGAAUGGCUGGCACGUGUGGAUCGGUCUGCGCUUGGGAGCCCUGUGGAAGUGGAGCGAUUCCUCCCCCCCCACCUACCUCCGGUGGCACUCAGCCCCGCCAGCAGGGCAGGACCAGUGUGCGGUGCUUAGCCUUCAGCCCCGGGAUGUCGAGCAACACGGGACAUGGCACACCAGGCCUUGCGGUGCGCGCCCUGCAGCCGAGAUCACAGGUUUCAUCUGCCAGCUCCAAUACGAUUUCUGUGGCCCUCCAGAGUCUGUGCGGUUUCCCCUCCCGGGCGGGAUGGCUCUUUAUGCCACAGCUGAUGUCACUUUCUCUUUGUCUGACCAUGCCACCUGCUCUCUGGCUUUGACCUGCUUUCAUCCUAAUGGUACCCUUUUCUGGAUCGUCUUUGAGUACAACGUCACUCAUAUGCAUGGCAGCAUCUUUACUGAGCACGGCAGAUUUUUGGUCCGCAGGAAUCACCCUCAUGCACCUUUUUCCCCCGGGCUCAACACGUGGAGCUUUGUCACCUACCCAGAUGGCUUUGCGUGCUUCUUCAACCACCAGGAGCACUUCCGGCUGUCUGACAGCCAAUAUGUCUUCCUUGCAAACGUCAGCUCCUUGCAGAUAAGUGGAGCGACCGUUGCCAAUGCUUCCUUAGAGUAUCAGCUCUCCUCUGACUUGCACUUCCCCUAUGGGAGCAGUCUGCAGCUGGCAGAUGCCAUCCACUGCUACCUGGGCAACUUCACCAUUGGGCUGUGGAUCCGAAGCGCCUUCCGGGACUCUCCUCGGAUGUGCGUGGUCAGCUACUCCUUGAAGUGGCAACAGCAGGCAGAGUUCGCGCUCUUCCUUCUCUCCCCUGCUGGACUGGAAUUCCACGCCAAGGGGGCCGUGCUGUUCAGCAGCACCCGUGUCUUCCUUUUGGAUGGAUCCUGGCAUCAUGUGGCUGUUUCUGUCUCCAACACUCCUAGCGUCCCUCCCUUUGAAGUGUUCGUGGAUGGGGAGGCCUGGGAGCCAGAGGCAUCUGAGAGUACUGGCUUCCUGUGGAAGGGGUUAUCCCUGGGAGGAAGACUGAGUGUGGGGCAGCUGGAAGUGGGCCAUGGAGGGGCCAGCUUCUAUGUGGGUGAUCUGAGUGAGAUGAAUCUGUGGGACCGAGCCCUUUCUGAGUUUUCAGUGAAACAACUGGCAGCCUUGAGAACCAGGUGGAAGUUCCCCGGGAACGUGGUGAACUGGAGCCAGCUGGUUGCGAAGAAGCCUCCAAGUGUGCAGAUCAGCCCUCCCAGUGAAGAGCCAGCUCGUCCUUUUGUGUGGUUUGGCCUCCUCCGGCUCAGAGGGAAGGCUUUGGUUCUCUGCACAGACCCGGACCGGCCUGUCCUCCACAUCAAGCCCCUGCCUGGUCCGUGCACCAUGCGUGCCUUCUGGGGACUGCAGCUAAACGGUCGACUUCGCAACGUUGCGGACCCUCCUGCCUGUCUUCUGGUUGCCCCAGACGGCUUCUCCACGCUGAGUAGCUCGGACUGUUCUCCUGAUCCUUGGAGCACCUUCCGCCUCUUGCCGGACCUGCGUCUGCAGAAUCUGCACUCAGGGUUCUGCUUGUUUCAGGAAGGCACGCAUUCCAGGCUGUAUCUGGGAAAAUGCACUCCACAAGCUCUGUUCUUUUUUCUGGAUUGGGAUGUGCACUGCCCCCAUUCUAGGGGUUGGAGAUCUUGGAAGGACAAAUGCCUCUUCUUUGUGCUGGAUGCAGCUCUCGAGUGGAGCCAGGCACAGCGGUUCUGCCAGAGGUUCCACGGUGGGAGCCUGCUCUCCCUGAACAGCCCGCAGGACCUGAUCUGGCUGCAGGGGGAAUUGCCAGGGAGCAUCUGGACUGGUCUGUACAGCAGUGGCCGAGAUCUGUGGAGCUGGGUUGAUGGGUCCCAAUUCAACCAAGCCUUGCGGCGCUUCAUGUUCUCCCUGGGGCCUUCCAGCAUGGCAGUCUGCAUGCUUGCUCUGACCUCCGGCUUCCUGAAGGCCGAGCCGUGCCACAGGCCUCACCGGUGGAUCUGCCAGGCUCCCCGCCAAACCGAUUUGUACAUGACCUUCCCAGGGAAAUCCUUUCAUGGCGCCUGGUCUGCAGAUCUGAGCUUUCCUUCGCUGCAGGCUGCCAAGCAGCAGUGCAGCGUAUUGGGCCAGGGCUGUGAUGUCGUGGUCAGCACCGUGGCAGGCCAUCACCUUAUGGUGGGGAGACGCUUUGUCAGCCUGGAGGACCCUGGAGCAGCAGCCGCCGCUGCCGUGCACGUCAAAACAAGGUGCUCCCCCGGCUACUCUGGGCAGGACUGCCAAUCAAUGUGUCCUCGAUGCGAACCCAGCCUGAGCUGCAACCCACUGACAGGCCUCUGCGAUGGCUUCCUCUAUUACCGAGAGGCUCCCGCCGUCAUUGCCUCGCUGAAGUGCCUUCCACUUGAUGUCUGGAUGUUUGAGCAAGGCAGUUGCUGGUCUUACGAGCGCUACAGUAGUCAGGCUGAAGCCAAUGCCGUUUGCAAGAGGUAUCUGGGCAGCACAGUGCGGAAGGUCCAACCCCUGAGCCAGAUCCCAGCUGACCUUUCUGCAGAUGGAAGGCGAGGCUUUCAGCAGCCAGGUGGUUUACUUUGGGCUUGUCAGCGAGAUGAAGAUGUGGAGCUGCCUUCGUUUAGGGAGAAGUUACUAAUUUCCCACCAGGGUGCUCCUCCCGAGCAGAGGCAUGGGUCGCUGCAGGAAGCCAAAGACGCCUGCUACCUGCAGAAGGAGCACUGCACGGGGCUACUGAGCCUGAACGGGGCUCAUUACACAGUGGCCGGGACGGUACUGGUUGACAGCCCUGGCUCGGGGGCCCGCCUCUCUGUGAAGGCAGCUUGCUCCCCUGGGUUCUGCGGGAAGCACUGCCGGAGACGCUGCGCUCCUUGCCUGAGCACGCGUACGUACAACCCGCUGACUGGCCGGUGCGAUGGCCUUCUGAGCUGUGUGCAUCGCUUCAGCCCUUCAUGUCCUCACGGUCUGGUGCAUUCCAGAUGUCCAAGGGAUCCUGGCUGGUGGUUCUGGGGCGGUCACUGCUAUUACGUGGAGGAGCAGAGCAGCAAGAGCUGGCAAGAGGCCAGAGCUGCCUGUCAAGCUUAUGGUGAAAGCAUGGACCUCCUGGCUCUGAGUCAUCCCAAGGAAAAGGCCUGGGUGACAGCCAUGGUACAGAGGGGCAGCUGGACAGGGCUGAAUGAUGCCGAUGAAGAUGGAGCGUGGAGAUGGGAAGGAGGCCAAGCUGAUAGUCUCUCUCCACCUUGGCUUCCUGACGUGCCACUUGCGACAGGAGGCUGCUUGGAGAUUCGUCACACAGGAGACCAGGAUUUGGCAGCCUCCCCGUGCUCCCACCUCAAGCCCUGGGUGUGCGAAGGGAUCUGGGCACCCCAGAGUUCCUGUCCGGCGGAGCCUGGCUGGAGCUACUGGAAUGGCAGCUGCUACUUCUGGGACUCUUCUUCCGCUGGUGCAUGGCCAAAGGCCCGAGAGGCCUGCCGGAGGUUCAGGAGGACGGAGCUGCUGUACCUGACCUCGCCUCAGGAGAUGGACUGGGUGCGCUCGCACUUCAAAGGCUCUUUCUGGACAGGCUUGAAUGAUCGGAAGGAAGAGUCAGUCUUUCGCUGGACAGCUCUGGAGCCUCUCAGCAAGCAGGUUGCCCAAUACUUGCGAGAUGACCCAGCAAACGGAGGGCUGAAGGACUGUGUGUGGUUGGACUCAGCGACCGGACUUCUGAGUGAUGCCAGCUGCGGGGAAGAGAGGCCUUUCCUGUGCAAAUGCCGUGAAGCCAUGGAGUGGUUUGAUCAGCGGGGCGGCUAUGGCGUGGUGGGAGAGCCAUCGCUGCUCUAUCCCUCUGCCGAAACCCUGGAGGAGGCCAAGCAGGAGUGCCUGCUGGAGCGCCCUGGGUGCGUGGCUGUCCUCGAGACCCGGUCAGGCUUCUACUUGCUCGGCAGCCAGGAUGGCGUCACCCCCAAGGCAGACUCGACGCUUCAUGUGUGGACCAUUUGCGCAGAAGGGUUCAGUGGCCCGGCCUGCCGCAGGACCUUGGCACGCUCACCCCGGCCAGCCUGUGACUGCAGUGGCAAAUUUGAGGCAACGGCAGAGAAGGUUUGUGGUGUCCCAGUACAGACGUGUGUGGAAUACUGUCAGCAGACGACUUCUUGGAAUAAUUGCUCAUUUUGCAUCCCUGCCUGCACUGAGAGGCUUUCUUCAGAUCGUCUCCCUCCGGUUUUACCAGCCUGGUACUGUUACCCCACGGAGGCCAGCAUGAGCUUCCUGGACCCCGAAGAGUUUGCUCUCAUCACAAUGAUCCAGUUCAAGGUGUCCCAUUCGCUCAAUCUCACGACAGAAGACGAAAGGGACCGAGCAGUCUCGUCCAAAAUCAUAUAUGACGCCAAACACCCAUGACAGAAAAGGGAAGGAAGGAAGGAAGGAAGGAAGGAAGGAAGGAAGG